CCGACGUUUCCCAGUUCACAUCUCUCUGCUUCCUCCCUUCCUCGCGCCACAGUUCACAUCCAUUGGUCGGUCUCUCUCUGUAUUCUCGCCGUCGAUCUUGAUCUUUUGCCCGUUGGUGCUCUUCCGAGGGCUCUCUCGCCCUCGCGCAAACGAGCUCGGGGGUAGAAGGGAGGAGGAAGAAGACGAAGAGGACCGCUGUAAAGAUUCCAUUUUUGGGGUCGUUUUCGCCUUCGACGUUCUCCCCGAGGUAGCGAUAGGAGAAGGCCCUCUGCUGCGGCUUCUUCUGGUCCUGCCGACCCCCCGUCUUAGGUUUUCUGAUCUUGAAGCAGAAGAAGCGAUGGAGUCUACCAGAGUGACGCCGCCACCCAAGUUGGGAACGCUGGCUCGGGCCUUCCAUAAGAUCCGUCGCCUCCGCCGCUCGGCCACCAGCUCUGCCAGCGGCGCCGACGUUGCCCUCGGCGAGGAUGGCUACUCGAUUCACAAUCUGAAGCUGUCGCAGAGCUUCAGCGACUACUCCUCGAUCCUGUCUGAAGGCGGCACCGACUUUUGCAAGGUCGAGUAUGAGAAGCAGCUGCAGCAGAAGCUGUCCUCGAGGGACAAAGAAACCAUGGAGUCCCUCCUCGCCAACCUCUUCGCAAGCAUCUCCGCUAUCAAAGCUGCCUACGCCCAGCUCCAGACGGCGCAGUCGCCGUAUGAUCCCGAUUCGAUACAGUCUUCUGACCUGGCCAUCGUUGCUGAGCUCAAACGCGCCUCGGAGCUGAAGCACUCCUACUUCUGGAACCAGUCCUUCCUCCCAUAUCCUGCUCCUAUGCCGCAGCCGGCGCUCGCAGCCCAGAUCGAAGAGCAGCGCAAUCUAAUCAAGACAUACCAGAUCACCACGAACAAGCUGGAAGCCGAUCUCAAGCUCAAGGAUUCGGAGAUCUUCUCACUUCAUGGGGAACUGAUCGAGUCUCAGAGAAGUAACCAAGCCUUGGAGUCGAAGCUUCAUCCUGGCCUCUCUCUCUGCGCCCUGGAUGACCUACAACUCGACAGCUUAAGUCCUGCAAAUUUCCUUGCCUUUCUGCGAUUCACCUUCAAGGCCGUCACAUCCUUCGUCAAGCUAACGGUGAAGGAAAUGGAGUCAGCAGGAUGGGACGUCGACGCUGCUGCCACUGCCAUUCAACCGGACGUGCCCCUCCUCCGUCAGAAACCCGCCGUUCGGACCUUCGCCUUCCAGUCCUACGUCUGCCAUAAGAUGUUCUCUGGCUUCCACCACCAACACUACGACCUCGCUGCCCUUGGAGACCGGUCGAUGUGGGGUCGGCGCCAGUUCUUCGACGAGUUCACCGAACUGAACCGUCUCGGAUCGACUCGAAAGCUAAGCCAGAAGCACCAGGGGAUCGCGAAGUUUCUCAGGGCCAAGUAUCAGGCGCUGGUGCAUCCUAAGAUGGAGUCAUCGUUCUUCGGCAGUCUCGAUCGAGGUGCUGCGGUCCAGGACUCGGCGUUCUUCGCUGGGUUUGCGGAGAUGGCGAGGCGAGUGUGGCUCCUCCACUGCCUGUUCUUCUCGUUCGAGGACCGGUCCGUCUUCCAGGUGCGGCGGGGGAGCCGGUUCUCUGAGGUGUACAUGCAGAGCGUGGGGGAGGAAGAGGAAGAGGACGAGGGCGUGGAGGAGGUUGCAGCCGCCCGAUUCAGACCGGCCACGGUCGGGUUCACGGUCGUCCCCGGGUUCGGAGUCGGUGGGACGCUGAUCCCGUGCAAGGUCUGCCUCGCAUCAGCGGCUUCAGCUGAUGAUCGACGGUCGUGAUGCGACCGGCUGACCAUCGGACGGUGCACCACGUAGGCAUCAGGCUCUUUGGCUACGUGAUGCAUGGGAGAGUAGUCAACGCGAGAGAUCAAGAAAAGGGAAGAAGGAAAUAUGUCUCCGAACGACUAUGAAGCUGAAAGAUUAGAUGUUAAUUGAUGUCGCAAGCAGGACCUGCUGUUGUUGUUUUCUGAGAUCAUAUUAACUAUAUAAAUAUAUAUAUGUAUGUAUGUA